AUGUCUCAACAACUCUCCUCCGCGCUCCUGCGCACCUGCGCCCGUCAACAACUGCCCACCACCGUCGUCGCCCGCUCUGCCAUCGCCGCUUCGACUGCUAAUGCUCAACAACAGCGAGGUGUAGCUAAUGCCAGCAAAUUUGAGAGUCCCUUUGCCAGCUCUGAUGAUCCCACGGCCACCCUGAAGAUCCCCAAUUUCAAGAAGUACAUGUCCAAGAGCUCCCCGACGACGAACAAGGUGUUUUCGUACUUUGUCGCUGGAACGAUGGGAUUGGGAUCUGCUGUUGGUGCAAAGGCUACUGUUCAGGAUUUCCUCGUCAACAUGUCCGCCUCCGCCGAUGUCCUGGCCCAGGCCAAGGUCGAAAUCGCUCUCGGCUCCAUUCCCGAGGGCAAGAACGUCAUUAUCAAAUGGCGCGGAAAACCCGUCUUCAUCCGUCACCGUACCGCCGAUGAAAUCAAGGAAGCCAACGAAAUCGACUGGAAGACCCUCCGUGAUCCUCAACCAGAUGAGGAUCGUGUCCAGAAGCCUGAAUGGCUUGUUAUGCUUGGCGUCUGCACUCACCUCGGUUGUGUCCCCAUCGGCGAAGCAGGUGAUUUCGGCGGCUGGUUCUGUCCCUGCCACGGUUCUCACUACGAUAUUUCCGGUCGUAUUCGCAAGGGUCCUGCUCCUUUGAACCUUGAGGUUCCUGCUUACCAAUUCCCUGAUGACGAUACUCUUGUUAUCGGUUAA